AUGGCCGCGCGCGGCCGGCGCGCCUGGCUCAGCGUGCUGCUCGGGCUCGUGUUGGGCUUCGUGCUGGCCUCACGGCUCGUCCUGCCCCGCGCCUCUGAGCUGAAGCGAGCGGGUCCUCGGCGCCGCGCCAGCCUCGAGGGCUGCCGGCCAGGGCAGGCGGCGGCUUCCCAGGCCGGCGAGGCGCGCGGCGAUGCGCGCGGGGCGCAGCUCUGGCCGCACGGCCCGGCCUCGGAUGGCGGUCCGCGCGACAGGAACUUUCUCUUCGUGGGAGUCAUGACCGCCCAGAAAUACCUGCAGACCCGCGCCGUGGCCGCCUACAGAACAUGGUCCAAGACAAUUCCUGGGAAAGUCGAAUUCUUCUCUAGUGAGGGUUCAGACACCUCGAUACCAAUUCCGAUAGUGCCACUACGGGGCGUGGACGACUCCUACCCACCCCAGAAGAAGUCUUUCAUGAUGCUCAAGUACAUGCAUGACCACUACCUGGAGAAGUAUGAAUGGUUUAUGAGAGCAGAUGAUGACGUGUAUAUCAAAGGAGACCGUCUGGAGAAUUUUCUGAGGAGUUUGAAUAGCAGUGAGCCCCUCUUUCUCGGGCAGACAGGACUGGGCACCACGGAAGAGAUGGGGAAACUGGCCCUGGAACCCGGUGAGAACUUCUGCAUGGGGGGGCCCGGUGUGAUCAUGAGCCGGGAGGUUCUCCGGAGAAUGGUGCCGCACAUUGGAAAGUGUCUCCGGGAAAUGUACACGACUCACGAGGACGUGGAGGUGGGAAGAUGUGUCCGGAGGUUUGCGGGGGUGCAGUGUGUCUGGUCUUAUGAGAUGCAGCAGCUUUUUUAUGAGAAUUACGAACAGAACAAAAAGGGGUACAUUAGAGAUCUCCAUAAUAGUAAAAUUCACCGAGCCAUCACCCUGCACCCCAACAAAAACCCACCCUACCAGUACCGGCUCCACAGCUACAUGCUCAGCCGCAAGAUAGCCGAGCUUCGCCACCGUACCAUCCAGCUCCACCGAGAGAUCGUCCUGAUGGGCAGAUACAGCAACACGGAGAUUCACAAAGAAGACCUCCAGCUGGGAAUCCCACCUUCCUUCAUGAGGUUUCAGCCCCGCCAGCGGGAGGAGAUCCUGGAGUGGGAGUUUCUGACUGGGAAAUACUUGUAUUCUGCGGCUGAGGGCCAGCCGCCUCGGAGAGGGAUGGACUCCGCUCAGAGGGAGGCCCUGGAUGACAUUGUCAUGCAGGUCAUGGAGAUGAUCAAUGCCAAUGCCAAGACCAGAGGACGCAUUAUUGACUUCAAGGAGAUACAGUAUGGCUACCGCCGGGUGAACCCCAUGUAUGGGGCCGAAUACAUCCUGGACCUGCUCCUUCUGUACAAAAAGCACAAAGGGAAAAAAAUGACUGUUCCCGUCCGGCGACACGCAUAUUUACAGCAGACCUUCAGCAAGAUCCAGUUUGUGGAGCACGAGGAACUGGAUGCAAAGGAAUUGGCCAACAAAAUCAAUCAGGAAUCCGGAUCCUUGUCCUUUCUCUCAAAUUCCCUGAAGAAACUUGUUCCCUUUCAGCUCCCUGGAUCAAAGAACGAGCACAAAGAACCCAAAGAGAAAAAGAUAAAUAUAUUGAUUCCAUUGUCUGGGCGUUUCGACAUGUUUGUGAGAUUCAUGGGAAACUUCGAGAAGACGUGUCUCAUUCCCAAUCAGAACGUCAAGCUCGUGGUUCUGCUUUUCAAUUCUGACUCGAACCCUGACAAGGCCAAACAAGUUGAACUCAUGAGAGAUUAUCGCAUUAAGUACCCUAAAGCUGACAUGCAGAUUUUGCCUGUGUCUGGAGAGUUUUCAAGAGCUCUGGCCCUUGAAGUAGGGUCUUCCCAGUUCAGUAACGAGUCUCUGCUCUUUUUCUGUGACGUUGACCUCGUGUUUACUACAGAAUUCCUUCAACGAUGUCGAGCAAACACAGUUCUGGGCCAACAGAUAUAUUUUCCAAUCAUCUUUAGCCAGUACGAUCCAAAGAUUGUUUAUAGUGGGAAAGUUCCCAGUGAUAACCAUUUUGCCUUCACUCAGAAAACUGGCUUCUGGAGAAACUAUGGGUUUGGCAUUACUUGCAUUUACAAGGGAGAUCUUGUCCGAGUAGGCGGCUUUGAUGUUUCCAUCCAGGGCUGGGGGCUCGAGGAUGUGGACCUUUUCAACAAGGUUGUCCAGGCAGGUUUGAAGACAUUUAGGAGCCAAGAAGUGGGAGUAGUCCACGUCCACCAUCCUGUCUUUUGUGAUCCCAAUCUCGAUCCCAAACAGUACAAAAUGUGCUUGGGGUCCAAAGCAUCCACAUAUGGGUCCACACAGCAGCUGGCUGAAAUGUGGCUGGAAAAAAACGACCCAAGUUACAGUAAAAACAGCAAUAACAGUGGCUCAGUGAGGACAGCCUAAGGUCCAGCUUUGCUGGAAGAGACGUUUUUAAUUAUCUAAUUUAUUUUUCAAAAAUUUUUUGUAUGAUCCGUUUUCGAAGUCCAUACAAGGAUAUAUUUUACACAUGAUUUUCUUACAAAGGACUCCUUGAUGAUUGAGCUUUUUGAACAAAAAUGUGAUCAUGUUUGCCUUUGAGCACAUUUUCUUGCUGAACGUCAUGUAGCAGGCCUGCUUGAUAAUGACUUGAAAUGUACCUGAUGGACAGAACUUUCUUGUCGUGUUUCGUUGUGUUUUAUGCGUUUCUUUUCAGACCCCUUUGCUGUGGUCCUAUGGUAGAAAACAUGAACGUUCCUGCAAAGUAUUAAUGUAACAGAACACUGUAACUCUGGUACAUGUUUUGUUGUAACUGGUAAUGUUGCACAGAUUCGACCUUUUGUCUUUUUUUUUUUUCAAUGGCGAUUUUUUUUUUUUUUAAGCCAUUUCAUGUUCUAAUUGUAAAAUAAGGAAAUGUGAUAAUAAGCUGUAUCAUCAUUGUCGGGAGAGCUUUCCAAAGUUGAUUCUUUCCCUCAACUUGUGCUCAUUGUGGUCACGGAGUUGUUUUAAAAGCAAGGGGAGAAAGGCACAGUAAGAUGAAUGGCUGUCGUCGUAAUUUGUGUGGCUUAAUGGACCUGGCAUUAAAUUCCAAGAAGGAUUUGGUUUUUUGUUUUUUGUUUUUUUCUCAUCUUUAAAGGGUACACUAUUAAUAUUUGGAAUGGCAAAGAAGAAUUAUUGUAAUAAAUCUAAUGUACACAAGCUAAAACAGAAACAAAAACCCGCCCUAAUGAAAGCAUUGGGGGAAAAUAUAUUUUGGUUUUGUUCAUCCUGUCUGUGUUACAUCGGUGGAGUUGGCUGUUUCAAUCUUUAAUUACUGUUUUGUUUUAUUCUUUGUAUCUGAAAUACCUUUAAUUUAUUUAAUAUCCAUUGUUUAGAGCUCGGCCAUUUCUCAAGUACCUGUUUAGCUAUUAGUAUUUAUGUGUAUCAGGAGUGUGUUUAGUGUUAUUUUAUUUGCAGUAAACUGAUCUCCAAAGAUUUCCUUUUGAAAAUGCUUUUCCCUCCUCAAUUUUUACAUUCCUUACUGUUUUACUAAAUAUUAAGUGUUCUUUGACAAUUUUGGUGCUCACAUGUUUUGGGGACAAAAGUGAAAUCUGUCAUUACACCAGAAAGUUCGUUUGUUUUAAAAACUCACAGAUCAAAUGUGCCUUAAUAAAUUUUCUUUUUCAUUUAGAUUUCAAACAGUAAUAGACUUGCCAUUUUAAUACACAUCGUUGGAGAUCUGCUUAUUUGUAAAUAGUCUGUUGCUCAUUCGGGAAAAUAAACCAGUCAACAGUAUUUUUCUAUUGUACUUUUCAGGACCAUUUUGUCUCAUUACUCCUGUUUUAGCUAAAGAAUUGUAUAACAUUUGGAGAGUAAAAAACUGAAACACUGA